AGGAGGCAGACCAGGUUUUCCUGCUUAUGAAGGAGGAGUACCGCAUCUCACGCAAUGUCCGCCUCGCCUGGUUCCUGAGCAAACUCAACCAGGUCAUUCAGCCCACCCCCAAGGCUGAGUUGGAGAAGUCGGAGAAUGAGCUGGAUAUUUUGAGCAUCCUGCCAAAAGGAUGGCAGCCGGACUUCUCCGCCUCCGCCCUGCCCUAUCAGCUGGUGCCCGCCACACGGGUCCACUUCCUGGCACGGCGCUACCGCUUCAUCAUAGAGCUGGACCUCAGCCCCUCCACAGGGAUUGUGGAUGACUGCACAGGGGAGAUGAUUUUCGACGAGGUGUUCCAUGCCUUGUCUAGAUGUCUGGCCGGGUUGGCCCGGCCCUUCAAAGUGCCUGGUACCGACCUCCUGUUCUAUCCCAAGGUGUUCAUCACCAUCCUCGCCUACUCUUCCAUCAUUGGACUCAGUACUCACCAGGUAUUGGUGCAGGGCUGUCAGUUGGACGGGACAGACUUGGAUAAGUUCCUGCAGCAGAUCUACCAGCAGCUGCGGGCUGUGGAGAACAACAUUGCAGAGGUGCUGCAGCAGCAGCACGACCAGGCCAGGGAACAGCAGUGUGAUGGAGGUUCCAUCUGCCAUGGCUUGCCCAGCGAGGGCAUGGAGGAGGAGCCUCAGAGGAAGCUGGGUGUUUCCAUGGUAACUGCGGACGUGGGCCUGGUCAGCAUGGUGCGACAAGGCAUACUGGCUCUUCAGCUGCUGCCCCCAAACUCCAGUGCAGGCAUAAUCAUCAUCACUGAUGGUGUUACCAGUGUGCCAGAUGUGGCGGUGUGUGAAACCCUGCUGAACCAGCUGAGAAGCGGCACCAUUGCCUGCUCGUUUGUCCAGGUGGGUGGAGCGUACUCGUACGACUGCAGUUUCGGCUACAUCCCCAACGUGGAGCUGAUGAAGUUCAUCUCGCUGGCCACGUUUGGCUCCUACCUGUCCACCUGCCCCCAGCCGGACCUGAGCAGCCAGGAGAUGAACGCCUACCACCGGGCCUUCCUCACCUACUCCUUCCUGAAGACCAGCGAGUCCAUGAACCCAGAGUACUACUGCGUUGCUCAGCACAAGCUCUUUAAUGAACACCUGGUGUCGACCAGCGGGAAUCCAGCCCUCAUGAUGCGCAGGAAGAAACACACGGAGAAGGAAGUGCAUGCUGACCUAGUCAGCGUGGUGUCCGUCAGGCUGCGAGAGGGCUACUCCAUACGAGAGAUCAAUCUCACUAAAGCACCUGUAGGGGGCACUCAGCUGGAGGUGAAGCUGGUUCUGCUGUGGAAGCACAACAUGCGCAUCGAGUACCUGGCGGUGGCCUCGUGGCCCCUGGACGCGGCCAAGCGCACCACCUGGGUGGAGGUGACCAUGGAGGGCAGCUACGACAUCCUGCACGACAUCAGCUGCACCAUGAGGAAGCCCAUCACCAGCCCUUACCGCACCUCCGUCAUACGACGCUUCUGGAACACGCUGCAGAGCAUAAAUCAGACGGAUCAGAUGUUGGUGCACCUGCAGUCGUUCAACUCCAUCCCAGAGCACUACACCAUCCCUGAGAGCACUAAGAAUGGAGUUCCCCUGUUCUACAUCCCCCCUGGAUCCACCACACCUGUACUGUCCCUGCAGCACAGCGGCUCCAAGGACUCCAGCCAGUCACAGUUCGCCUCCUAUUGGAAGCCCAUCCUGUCCAUGGACGCCAACUUCUGGCAGAGGUGGCUACACAUGCAUCGCAUUGCCAUCAUCCUGGAGCACGACACGCCUGUACCUAAACAUGUGCACAACGCUGGGAGUAACGGGCGCUUCAGCACGAUACAGUGUCGCAUCUCACACUCUGCACUCACCUCUCUACUGCGAGACUGGAGCAGCUUUGUGUUGGUGGAGGGGUACUCCUACGUCAAGCUUAUCUACAGUGCCUCGGACCAGCCCCCCAGCUCCUUCUACCUGGUGCGGCUGAUCUCCAAAGCCCCAUGCAUGGUGCUACGCCUGGGCUUCCCCAUCGGGACUCUGGCCCACACCAGAAACAAGAUUGUGGACGAGUUGCGUGAGCAGAUCCUGAGGUUGCGGUUCCCCCACCGCGUCCAGAACAAGGAGGCCACCCCCAAGACCAAGAGGAAAGUGCUGGGCAACAACACCUCCCCGUCCAAGUCCCCCCCCCUCCCGGCCCCCAAACCAGCGCUGUCCGACAGACCCUGUGUGGUGCUGCUCCACAAACCACUGGAGAAGCUUCUGAUCAGGUAUGAGAAGCUCCCUCUGGACUUCCGCACGCCUUUCAUCCUGAACAUGGAGCCCUUCGCCCAGCCCCCCAGCAUGGCGGCUCCUCUCAGCUCCGCGUCCGCGGCCGGCCGCACCGCCUCCUCCACACUGGCCUCGCUCUCCCGUUACUUCCUGCACCAGCGCUGGGUGUGGACCGUGCAGAGCGGCCUGGGGCCCGCCGUCUCGCUGCAGGCCGUCGCUCACAUCCUCUCCAUGCUCGCCGACAUCCGCAUCUCUGAGGGCUUCCACUACGCUGCCAGUGGCGAGGGCAUAGUCAACAUGGUGACAGAGCUGCAGAUGAAGGGCCUGCCUGCUGGCGUGGAGGAGGAGAGGCACAGCUGCAUAGUGCAGUACAUCCUUUUCCCACCACACUCCACCUCUACCAAGGACAGCUUCUCCACUGACGAUGACAAUGACACUGAGGUGGAAGCCAUCGAUAUGGAAACAGAGCUUAACUUGGUGACAGAGUGCUGGGUGGAGCCUCAGAAUGGGACGGUGCUGAGCAGCCUGGAGCAACAGCGCCAUCUGCUGGGCCUCACCUACCAGGAGAUCCCUCAGGCAAUAUUCCCCCGAGAUGUGGCGUGCAUGUCCACCAUGAUGACCUUUGAGUACCUGAGCCAGUUGUGCCAGAACAAGGAGCAGGUGUACCCCUUCUGUGCUGCCAAGGACCCUGCUGCAAAUGAGACUCCUGUCAGCACUGACAGCAUCCAGACGGUACCCUUCCAGUUUGACUUAAUGAAGCUCCUGCCCAAGUGCCAACAGAUCGAGAUAUUCUUCCUUACCCUCAGCAGAGUGGAGAAUGAGGAGGCCUCCCAGGGGACGCCUUCCCUCCCCAACGAGCUCCUGCUCAGCCUCUUCCACAGCUCGAUGCAGCAGGACCUCAGCGAUCGGGACAUCCCGUUGGCCGACGUCGACCAUGUGACCUUCAUGCAUCACAUCCUGGACAGGGAGAGGGAGGGCCACGUUGCCCCGUUCACACUGCCCGUUAUCAAAGAGGAGUGCCUGAAGCCUCCAGAAAGGCAGGACACCGUCAUGUCUAUCCGCACCAUCGGGAGCAGUAAAGAGGCCACAGGAUCCACCAGCACGCUGCAGAGUUUCAGCAAUGCCGAGCUGGCGGACGAUGAGCCUGUGCCGGAGGGGAGAGGGGAGCGCUCGGCGCCUCAGUGGAAGUGCUACGCCAAAUUUGUCAGCCCCCAGCAAAUCUUCCUCACCUUCCUCCCUGCCACAUUUACCGACGUGCAGAUCCUGAUGUCGUCGGGACUGGAGACGGAGCUGACAGCCAACGGGAGUUUCCAGGAGGAUGAACCCACCAUGCUCAGCCAGUCUCAGACGAACUCCCACUCUGGGUCUGUUAACGGGCUGGCAGACGCAGGAGGCCUACUCCUGGGGCCCGGUUCGCCCCUACGCUCCCCCACCAGUCCCACUGCAGACUUGGGGGAGGGGGAAGCCGGCCUGGCCAACCCUGAGCAGGCCAACGGGGCCACUGCUUCAGAGGAGAGAGAUGGCGUUCAGUUUUCCGAGCCGCAGCGGCGUGACCUCCACAUCACCUUCAGCCGGCAGGCCUCCCAGCAGAGCGCCGGCGACGCCGCUGCCCGGCCCCGGUGCCCCGUCUACGUCUAUAACUGCUCCCUGGAGUCCCUGAAGGAGCAGCUGGUGAACCCCAACUCUGGCCGCCAACCCAGAGAUGUGUUCCUCAGACCUCAAGAUGCAGACUCCUGGGAACUGUAUCAGCAGAUGAAGUUCAGGUCUCAGUCUCAGGAACGUGGUAGCGCCCCCUCCUGGACCGAGUUGAUGCACCCCCACAAGCACAAGGAGCUGGCCAACUACUGCAGCCUCCUUCAGGAGCACUACCACCAGAGCUAUGUUAAAGGUGUGUACCGCAGCCUGCAGCAGUCGUACAGCAUCAGCUCGCAGGACGUGCUGACGGCCAUGGACUACUGCGAGGAGCUGCUGCAGGAGAUCGACAUCACUUCCUUCCUGCAGACGCUCUGCGGACACAUACGCGUGUUCAGGGAGCGACACCGCUCCGGGGCCCCUGAGCCACCCAGGAGCAGCGGCGGUGGGCCCCCGGCCGCCACCUUCACCAUCGGGGAGGCGGAGGAGGACGGGUCAGGAGACGGCAGGCACGCAACCCUCACCUCCGCUCUAAGUAUGGAUCUUGAGGAUGGUAGCGAAGCUGAGGGAAGGGGGAAGUCAUCGGAGCCCACGUCCCCCCUCGGUCCGGACGAGCCCAAGACCCCCAGACUCCCAGAGUACCCCCUUUCACUACUCAGCACCCCACAGAAGUGUGAGGUGUACCCUGACCUCCACAAGAUCAUACAGGACAAAUUCAUGGAGAUCGGUGCCCAGUACUUCAAGACGGUGCCCUCCAACCCUCACUACUUCUUCUACUUUCCACCCUCGGCCAAGAAGGAGGAAGAGGCAGAGUGUGAGCAGGAGAGAAGGCCCAGUGAAGACGUGGAGGUCUCCGAUGCAGAGUUGGCUGUGGAAGAUGAGGCCGUGUCCGGCUGCCGCAUCGUGACGGAGAGCGACACGGACCUGGAGGUGGAAUACCGGGAGCAGGCCGGGGGUCGAAGGUCGGACGGCCUGGGCAGCAGCAGCAGCGGCGGAGAGGAAGAGGGGCUGACCAUGAUUGCCGGAGGAGGAGGAGGUGUUGGAGGAGGAGGCCGAGUUGGCAGUGGAGGUUGUGGUGGUGGUGGAGGUGGGGAGGAUGACUCGCUGUCGGACUCCAACACGGUGAACCAGGACGAGGACUCCUUCAGCAUCCUGGAGGGCGACUCCCUGCUGGAGCCCGAGGGCCCGCAGCCGGAGAUGCCGCCGCUCUUCGUGCACCUAACCUGCUCCGUCAACAUCAAGAGCAGCCACGGCUCCAUGCCCAUCCAGACACUGCCCACCUGCCUGGGAGAGGUUAUUUCCUGCCUGGAGAACAGAGAGUCCCUCCAGUCAGUUGACCUGAGCGACCUCUCGGUCACCCUGGACAUCUAUGUCCUGACGCUGCCUCUGGACAUCGAGGUCCUCCCCUCAGACUUCCAUCACAACAGAUAUACGUCUGAGUCGAGCGUGUCUCUGAACCGCUCUCCUGGGCAGCCCUCCUCCUACCGCUCUGACGAGGAGCUGAUGGGGGCGCUGGACCUGCGGGGUGUCGGCAUGGACGGGGUCUCGGGAGAUCCCCUGUCCAAGCUGCCCAUUCCCCAUAAAAUGGCCCUGUUGGCCACUAUGGAUGAGAUCCGCUGGCUUCUGGAGGAUGAGAUAGUGUCUGCUCUGCGCCACUCUCGCAUCAUCAACACCUCCACGCUGCAGAAGGUGGCCAACCACGUGUGCCAGUCCAGUGGCCGCCAGCGAUGCCACUACGAGGUGGUGCCCCUGCAGUUCGUCUUUGGGCCCGAGCAGUCGCUGGAGAAGUUCAAAGAGGAGUUCAGACGCCUGUCCUUCACAGGGUAUGUGUUGAAUGGGGACCAGGACAACUUCCACUACCUGUCUCUGAGCAGGCUCCACCCCCAGAGACUAGAGGCGGUCAAACGCCUCUCCGAGAGCACCGCCUACUCCAAGGAGCAGGCAAAUCACUGCCCUGAGCCAGAGGAAACCGCCAGGACGGUGGCCAAUAGCUGCUCUCCACGUAAGGGUCCUGAGAGCAAAGCUGAGACUGAGAACAAGGAAAUGGAAACUGAGCUUUCCCAGAGCCAGAGUGAGGAGAGGCGAGAGGAGGAGGAGAGUGGUGUGGUGGAGGGGAGUGGCGAGGCUGCGCUGGACGCCGUGCAGGAGGCCGCACAGGAGGCGCUGUCCACCGCUAUGUCCGAGACGGGCAGCGAGUCGGGCCGGGGCAGCGCCAACAGGCUCCUGGGCCGCCUGGACUCGGAGGACACACGCUCUCUGGGCUCGGCCUCGGCCAAUGGCAGCGCGGCGCAGCUCCAGGCCAGCGGCAGCACCGACCGCUCCUCGGAACACACCACCUCACCCCCCAAGACCCCCUCGGCCGUCAGCCUGGCCGAGUCCGUGCAGUCAGCCACUCACAGCAGUGGGAAGCUGCGUCCCAGUCGUGUGCAGAGCGUGGUGUCCAGCCAGGGGAGCCUGGACUCAGACAUGCUGGGCUACGAUGGGGGGAGCAGCGAUUCGGAGUGCGAGAGCCCCACCCUGGACGACCAGGAGACGGUGCAGAGCAGCCCCCCCAUGCCAGACUUUUGGCUCCUCUUCAAGAUUCACCAAGACAGAGUGGAGGUCUUCUCCCAUUCCAGGAGCCUGAUUGGGGGAAAGGAGACGGGUGGAAGAGGAGGAGUGGUGGAGGAUGAAGAGGAAGAGGAGGAGGAGGAGAUCCCGGAGUACCUGCGGCUUCAUCAGCUGCUUGUGAGGAGGAUCGGGGAGAUCUGCCGCAUUGUCAACCAGCGCCUCCUGCUGCAGGUGCUGCAUGACACCCACGUCUGCAAGUCCCUGCUGGUGGCCGAGAGUGAGGAGGACAUCUGGAACGAGCCGCUCUACAGGCAGAGGAUGGCCAACUCCGAUGACUACAAUGCGGAGGAGAGCUACCAGACGCGGGACUACCUGGCGGCCACCAUGCAGUUCAUGCCGGGCCACUUUGCCUGCGACGUGGUGUGGAGCACCGUCAUCUACAUCCACCCCCGCCUCAAGAUGGGGCCCAACAUGGGCGUCUCCCGAGCCAUCCAGGCCCUGCGCUCGGUGCUCAGUGCCUUCUGCGUGAUCAACCGGAAGAACAUGUUUGUGUACCAGGAGCGCACCACCAAAUCAGUCUUCUACCUCAGACUCUCCGAGAUGUCCCAGACGGGGAAGUACCUGGACCUGGAUGGCAACCUGCACGUGGCGCGCUCCAUGGGCCUGGCCCGGAGCCAGGAGCCCCUCUAUGCUGAGGACCUGACGGGAUCUCGGUCGUCUCUGGAAGGCUCCAGACCAGUGGGACAAGUGGACAAACAUAUCCUCCUGCUGGUGCAUGGCGUUGCCCAAGCAGGUCCGGAGAUCACAGACGAGCUGGUGAAGGUUCUGCGUAAGCGUCUGGACGAGGCCACCCUGGACAUCAUCACCGUCAUGCUCGUACGCAACUGCAAGCUGACCCCAGCUGACGUGGAGUUCAUCCAGCCCCCUGGUUCUCCCCCCACGGAGGUAAUGGAGUUCUCCCUGCCGCAGUACUCUCUGGCCUGGCUGCCCGCCGUGGCCCAUUACCUCAGGCAGAACCUGCUCAUCUUCCUGCACAUCCCCAAGUACACAGACAGCAACAUGGAGCAUCACUUCAAGCACUACUUCCAUCUGAGCAGUGAGCUACCAGACUCCGACCUCUACCUCUACAAUAAGCCUGGAGGCCAAGGAACUGGAGGAAAAGGUACCAUGUCGGAGCUGGUACAGCAUCUCUUCCCACCUUCCCAGUUUCAAGGUAUCGCCUGCAUCGCCUUGUCCUUUGUGGACGCCGAAGGUCGCCCCCUUCAGGUUCCCACGCAGGAUGGCACGUCUCCCUUCAAGACUGCCAGCCCGCCAGCCGUCUCGCUCCAGCCCGACCAGUUUGACGCACUGACUACCGUCGGCAAGGCGGAGCCCUCGCAGAGCCAAAUCUCAGGUCCGUAUGUGCGCGUGCGGUUCGACGUGUGGGAGCAGGGCAACAUCAGCCCCCUCCAGCUGACGGACAAGCUGCGCGGAGCUCUGCGCCACGCCCUUUGUGAUGUCAUCAUGGAGCUGCAGAUCCUGCCCAACCCCCUGUGCCAGGAGACCUUCUGCCUACCUGCCAGCUCCCCCAGGGACGAGGCACUCGGUCUUCUGACUCUGCCCCAGGCUGCCAUAAAGGAGGUGCGGGAGAGCCCCCGGCGACUCAGUGGCACCCAGAGCCUGCGGAGCAGCCCCUCGCCCCUCACCCUCAACCCCCUCACCAACACCCCCACCCCCAGCACGGGCACCAGCACCCCCGAGUCCACCACCCCCACCGGCAGGACCACGCGCCGUAGUUUCUGGGAGAUACUGAGUAAGCCGGACUCGUCAGAGUUAAGCAGCCCGAAGACGACAGACGACAUCGUCCCUGAGCGUGCUGAGGACGCUAGAGCAGGACGGCGGCGGCACAAGACGGAGAUGGUGAAGCAGCAGUGGAGCCAGGAGAGGAACAUGGCCGUGGAACUGGAGCAGGCCCAGAGGAGGCACGUGGUUCAGCUGGAGGAGGGUGAUCUGGGGAGCCUCCACACCAUGUACCAACUCACCUGUCAGCCCUGGGUGACGUUCAUGGCCAAGCUGGGCUGCCCAUCGAUACAGCAGUGCACGGCUGAGAUAACUUCCCAUUUCCUCCUGCCCUCCAUCCUGGUGGAGAUUGCCGGCCUGGUCAGUUCUCUGGCCAACGACACCGUCGUGAAGGUCUUCGAGAGAACCAGUUGCCCCCAGGGACACAUCUACGUCCCCUUGCCUCAAGUCCAGCACACCAGCCAGACCCCCGCCUCCUCCCGGAGUUUCAUCCUCAUUGGACGGAAUUUCCACCAAUGGCAUUGCAGCACGGAGGCUCAAGGCUCCUUUCAGGACGACAGUUCAGAUGAGGAAAGCCCUCCAGUGCUAAAUAGGUUCACACCUCAUAAGGGGCUACAGCGCUUCGAGGCCCUGGAGCAGAGCGACUGGUACAGCCCGGGGCAGACCGCCAGGGGAGUGGCACCACGACAGAGGUUCCUGCACAUCCACGUCCAGAAUAAGAAGGUGACCCUGUAUGCGUAUAACUGGUCCGUGGAUCUGGGCGCGUCCCUGAGCCGUGGCCUGGUGCGGCUGGUGCAGUGGCAGAACGCCAGGGCCCACGUGGUCAACUGCCUGCUCAACCAGAAAAUGGGCCUCUUCCACCACUACUGCUUCGCAGACAUGCCACCCCACGAAGACCUCAAACAGGAGCCGAACCCCUUCCUAAACCAGACCAUGGACGCGGAGGCUCUCCUCCGGAGCGCCGUGCCCCCGGUGUCCAGUAAAGAGCAGGGCCGCCUGGGGAGCUCGUCUCGCGGCCUGCCCCCGCUCCACUUCCCCGCCGACAUGGUGCCGUUCGACGAGGCCCUGAGGGACGUGGGGACACUGCGGCCGCUCUCCAGCUCCUCGCAGGACGCCUCGGACGUGGUGGCGCGUCACGGAGCCCAGCUGUUGGAUGUCAAGGCUGCCGAGAGGAGAGAGAUGGAGAAGCAGUGUAAGAUUGAGAACCUCUUCGUCACCUGGCAGCAGAGGUCUGCGCAGUCAAACAUGCCCAUCUCGGUGGCGGAUCUGGAGACCCUGAAGCAGUCGUCUCGGCUGGUGCACUACUGUGCCACCCCUCUCCUCUUCGACCCCGUCUUCAGGAAGCAGAUCCAGGAGGAGCAGACCACACAACAGCCCCCUGUCAAGCGCCGGCACCGCUCCAGCGACUCGGUGGCGUCGGGUCGGGACCGCAGCUACAGCACGGACUCUGCGGAGGCGCUGCCCAGCCGGCUGCGCGAGGAGCCCUGGCUGCAGGACAUCUCCAGCACCUUCCUGCAGCAGUACGUGCAGUACCUGCAGAGCAUGGGCUUCAUCCUGGUGCAGGUGCGCCCGCAGUCCCCAGCGCGCAGUAUUGCACGUGCUCGAGCGGCCAUGCUCAGCUCUCUCUCCACGGAGGGCCGAAGCUCCUUCUCCUCCUUCUCCUACAACAAGCAGAAAAGCAACGAGGACAGCCCCAAGAGUAGUUCAUCAUCAGGCUCCACCACCACCUACCACCUGCAGAGGGCUCUGCCAGGAGGAAUCGUACUCAUGGAGCUGGCCUUCCAGGGAUGCUACUUCUGUGUGAAGCAGUACGCACUCGAGUGCUCCCGAAUCCCAAUGGGCCAGACAGUCAAUUCCCAGGGCUCCCUCCUCACCAAAGUGCGUAGCAGGCCCUUCCCAGACACCAGCUCUGGCUCGGACUCUGCGCUCUCCAUGCUCUUCACGGAGGAGUGUGACAAGGUGCGGGACCUGAUGCAUGUGCACUCGUUCAGCUACGACUUCCACCUGCGCGUGGUGCACCAGUACCUGCUGGGCUCGCACAUGACCCUGCGGCAGGGCUACCAGCUCACCGGUUUCCUGGAGGACUUUAUACGCAACCACCCAGACAUCCCCAAGUUCGGACGCAACCACGUCUUCCAAGGGAGCUUCUCCAUCUCGACGGGCAUGAUCACGGCGCACCAGCUGUACAACUACAUCACGGACCACGCUGGCACCUAUGGCAUGAAGCCGCUACGUAUGUCCAAGGCCCCGACCGCCCCGGAGAACAAGAAGGGGGCCCCCAACGCAGACCUCCACGAGUACGCCCUGGUGGCUCUGUGGAACAGCUCGGGGACAUUUAAGGACUUGGACGGCGUGCGUCACCACGACGACUUUGACGUGUCCCUGCUGGUGUGUCACAACGCGGCGCCAUUCGAGGAGCAGUCUGAGGGAGAGCGCCACCUGCUGAGGCUGCGCUACUACGUGAUCAUGACCAGCCAGCGCGAGCUCUUCCCGCGGCUGACAGCCGACAUGCGGCGCUUCAAGAAGCUGACACAGAUCCACCGCGACCCCGCCGCUACCAUGGCCGGCUCCGCUCCAGCCACCGUCAUCGGCACCCCCACCCCUACCCUCACUUCCACCAUCCACCCAGACCCACGUCCCCUGCCCACCACCGAACGCCGCAGCACUCACACCUCCGAGUCUGAUCUCUGGGACGAGGCCACAAACUCAGUAGCCACCCCCACAGCCAACACCUCCUCCUCCUCCUCCUCCACGGUCACCACCCCGACUCUUCCCCGCAUCGCCUCCGUCGCCAGCCUGGAGCCUGGAGGAGGAGGAGGGGGCCUCUCCCUGCCUGGCCUUGCUUCCGUGGACGGCUCCGGGUCUGGCUCCGGGUCCUGCUGCUUCGAGCUGGGCCUGACCUACCCGUCGCCCCUCUUCCCUCUGCUGGGCUCGGAGGUGACGGCGGCACACCGGCGCAUCCAGAGCAGCGUGGAGCAGGCCAUGGGCCACUGCCGGCGCGACAACCUGUGGCGGCGGCUGUUCCACGGCGAGCACCUGGCCUCCGACAAGCUGAAGCUCAGCAAGCUGGCCUUCGCCGAGCUGGAGGAGCUGCUGCAGGCCGUGCAGAGCAGAUCGGUGGGGGAGGUGGACCCACAACUGGACUGCUUCCUGUCCAUGAGCCCCAGCUGGUACCAGAGCCUCAUCAAGGUGCUGCUCACCCGCUUCCCCCAGAGCUGCAGGCACUUUGUGGACGACAGCGGCAUCCAGUACCUGGCUGUUCUGAAUCAAAAGUUCACCGACUGCUUUGUGCUCGUCUUCCUUGACGCCCAGGCAGGCAAAACGAGUCUGAAGGUGGUGUUCCGGGAGCCUUUGCCUGCCCACCAGGCCCCCAGCACCAGCCCGCCGCCACAGCUGGUCUCCAUGUACCACCACCUGGAGUCGGUGGUCAACACCGCCUGCUACAACCUCUGGACCGGCCUCCUGUGACCACAGGGGAGGAGGAGGAGGAGGAGAGAAGGGUGCAGGACGACAAGAUGGGAGGAGAGACGGGACAGUCCUCGGGGAUGGAGGGGGGAUGAGAGGGGAGGAGGAAGAGGAGGAGGAUACAGGAAAGGGGAGGGAAGAGAAGACAGGCCUGUGAGGAGGGGGGGAAAGCAGGAGACAGAAGAGGGAGGAGAGGAUGGGUUGAUGGGUGGAUAGCACUGGGGUCGUGAUUAUGGCCUGCUGCUGUUGUCAGGAGGUAAACUGUGCCUAGAGUAUUACAGGAGCGGUUGGAGCGUGUGUGUGUGUGUGUGUGCACGCUUGCGUGUACUGUGUGUGUGUGUGUGUGUGUGUGUGUGUGUGUGUGUGUGUGUGUGUGUGUGUGUGUGUGUGUGUGUGUGUGUGUGUGUGUGUGUGUGUCAAGGGGAGAAUGUUGUUGCUGCUAAUGCUGCUACUGCUGCUGCCAUGUAGUGCCAAACACCUUACUUGCCCUCCACAAGAACCCUGCUACCCCCCCAUCCCAGCCAUCCACCCCUCCCUCUCCCCACCCCAGCCAUGCAUACCUCUCUCUCUCCCUUCCUCCCUCCCUCUCUCCCUCCACCACCUUCCUCGCAGGCACCAUCGAUCUCAUCUCAGUCGCUCUGCACAUCCCUGAGAGAGAGUGGAGCGCUGUUGUACCACAGCGCUACUACUAACACCGCACUGCCACUGGAACUGCCAGGCGGAAGGACGGCCAGCAGGCGGGGGGGCAGCAGCUGUGUUGUGUUGUUGUGUUAUCACUGACGAGCUGUUUCACCUGAAGGAGGCUACUGGAGCACCAGAGCCCUGCCGUGUGCCGCAGCCGUGGCACUUGGCACUAGCCUGCCAAGCAUACCACAUGUGAGGGGGUGGAGUGGAGUGGAGUUGGCGUUGGCGUAGUCAGGGCGUAGUGGAAGGAGGUGGUGGUGCAGAUUGGUGACUCGCUUGUCGACCAUGUGCCUCCGAAGGGGGCAUUUGGAGCCCACCGCCAUAGGGCACUUUACUGGCACAUACAACGAGCCGAAGGUUUGGAACACUACCUCACCGCAAAGAUGUGUUUUAUUUUGCUUUUUAGGUUUUUUUGUUGUUGUUGGACAGAAGGACUCUCUACACUGAAGUGCUCACUGUAUCGGAUGUGUCGGGCGCUUCCCAUUUAUGCAAUUAUGUUGCCUUGAAAGACUAAAAAAAUAUAAAUGUAAAAACAAAACUGGUGGCCUGUGGGUCACAGGAAUGCAUGCCUUUCUUGUCGGAGAGAGAGAGAAGAAAUAAGGACUACAGUGCCACAUGGACUUUCAGAGCUCUUUAGGACAGCGCUGUUUGCCGAAAGCAAUUUUUCUACACUUUCUGUCUCUUUCCGUCUCUCCUUCCUCUUUCUCUUUCUCAUUGUCUUCUGUCUUGAGCCAUGUCUUGUGAAACAUAGCUACCCAUAUACAGUACAUUUACAUGUGCACAUCUGAUUCUACUUGAGUGUGUUUGAAUGUGACGCAGAACUGAAGCCUUAUUCUCACCAUCACAGGUGACUGGAGCAUGGAGAGAGAGUCAUGGUAUGAAUGUGUCAGGUAUGCCUGUUCGAUUGAAAUGAUCAAAUAACGGUUUAGUAUUGCAUUUCAAACCCCUUUACAUGUUUAAACGUGUACAAAUGUUGAUAAAUAACUGGUCACAGCCCCCCUUUGCCCAGGGUGUAGUGCGGUAUAAAGCUGGCCAGGGAGAGCUAGUCAGGUGCAGGGAGAGAGCUGGGGAGCAGCAGGUGUGGAUGUUGAUGAUGGGCCAGUAGGCCCCAGUAGGUCCAGCUUCACCUCCUCUCAGCCGCACCGUCUGCCUGCUCCCUCGGCCCUCUGCAGCAUUGUUUUCUCAGGCCGUUCUUCUUCUUCUUUUCCUUCUCCUUCCUUUACUUUUACUUCUUCUUUUUUCUUGUUCUUCUUUCAUUUCUUCCUCUACUUCUUCCUUUUGUUCUUUUUCCCCUUCCUCUCCUCCUCAUCCAUUUAUUCGGCAACGCUAGUGAAAUUGCCGCUGCCGUCGCAGCUGGCAGUGGUGGGUAAUUGAUUUCCGCCCACCAUUUUGUGUUUCUUACAAUGUCAGCCUAGUGCGCUACCCUAAUUUCCCCCCUCACUGCCAUAUCUUCAUUCCAGAAGUGCCUACCGUCCUUCUUACCCCCCCUCUACCCACACUGACCCACCCACACCCUACUUCCUUAACGACGCAACAAGAGCAGUGUUAUUAUUGUGUUGACCUUGCGAGGAGAUUCUGUGAGAAUCCAAUUAGGCCUCUGAUUAAUUCGGGCACGGUGGAGGGCUACGCAGGCUACCAGACCCCAGUUUACAAAGAGCACCGACAGGAUGACUGAGGGGAGCUACAAAAACACACACACAGAAUUGAAGACUGAAGAGGGUCUGGUUUGUCUUACUAGCCAUGUGUGUCCAAAUUUGCCACGCUCAAACCCUGUCUGCACACUUAAAAAAGGAAUCCUGGAGCUGUUGUUUUUUGCAAUACUGAGUCUACACACAUCCCAACUUUCACUUGAAGGAAACCAAAAAAUAAUUAGGUGUUUUUUUUUUCUUUGUGUAUGUGUUUUUUAAUGAGUUUCCCUUUUUGGGGGGAAUGAAAUAAUUAAGCACUGACUUUGGGCUUUUAUGCGAGACAAUGGACAUUUGAAGAGUUUGUUCUGUGAAGUUGAAACACUGGAUAUUUAAUGUAAUCUAGUUCUUAAUAAUGCAACAGGCUAAUGGUUGGCAUUUCAUUUAUUGGUUGAUAUUCUGAAACAGCGCUAUAAUGGAAAGUGAUUUAAAAACAAAAAAAUAGGUCUGGAACUGUUGUAAAAUGUAAAUUAUGUACUUACAAGUGGAUUUGUUACAAUGAAAUGCAAACACAAAUAAAAAUCCGAACGGUCA